GCUGCUGAGCUGCAGCUUCCAGAUCAAAGAAGCUGGGAGAAGAGAGAAAGACAUCUGCAGAGAGCGCUCGGCCGGCCGGGAGCAGGCAGCAAUGAGCCAGAUAUGCUGCUAGGGCACCGCCGGAGCCCACCGGAGAAGGAGGCGAAAGGGAACACACGCAGCAUCGGCUUCGGUCAUUCAAAGCCCUGCAAAUUAGAGGUCCUCAAGGAAGUCCAUCUUCCCGCUAUUCGUCCUCACAAUAUCAUGGCAUCUCAGCCCCUGCUGCUGCUGCUGCUGCUGUCGAUCCUGGCCAGACCAGUUCUGUCCGGACCUGAACCUCUGACCGGCCCACGGUGCACUUACACCUUUGUCUUGCCCCAGCAGAAGUUCACAGGAGCUGUGUGCUGGAGCAGCGCCCGCCCUCCGCCCGAGCCGCUCAGCCCCAACCGCAGCGAGGUGGAGGAGUUGCGCUACCAGCUCAGCCGGCAGCAGGCCCAGAUGGACGAGCUGCGCCGGCUGGUGGAAGUGGACGGGGCGGUGGUGAGCGAGGUCAAGGCGCUGCGGAAGGAAAGCCGCAACGUCAACUCCCGGGUCACCCAGCUGUACACUCAGCUGCUCCACGAGAUCAUUCAGCGCCGGGAGCGGCCGGUUCAGAGCUCUCAGCUGGAAGGGCAGGUGGCCGACGCUUCUGCGGAGGCCUCGCGUGUCGCUGCCAACUAUCGCCAACUGGAGGGCAAGUACCAGGCUCUGGCAGCCCUGGUGAACAACCAGAGUGCCCUCAUCAGCCGGCUGGAGAGGGACUGCCAGCAAGGGAGCAGUGGCAAGACGCGCCCACAGCCCCCACUUGUGCCCGUGGUACCCUACAACCCCGCAAGCAUCACCAAUGAAAGCAGGGCCCAUUUUGACGCCAUCAAUGACAUCCAGCGAGACCAGAGUCCGCAGACGGCACCGGUCCAGCACCAGCCUCAUGAGGCUUCCGUCUCUCCAGGGACUCCCCCGCCCCCUGUCGUCGUGCCCGCCAGACCUGCAGGGCCGUGGAGAGACUGUCAAGCCGCCCAGCAGGACGGGCAGGCGACGGGCAUCACCAUGCUAGAGCCAGCUGGUUCCCACGGUAUCUUCCAGGCUUGGUGUGACCAGGAUUACGAAGGGGGUGGAUGGACUGUUAUCCAGCGGCGGCAGGAUGGGUCGGUCAACUUCUUCACUACCUGGCAGCACUACAAGCAUGGCUUUGGGAAUCUGGAAGGAGAACAUUGGCUGGGCCUGGAUCCCAUUUACUGGCUGACCCACCAGGGCUCCUAUGCUGCGCUGCGGGUCCUGCUCGAAGACUGGAGUGGGCGACCGGCACAAGCUAGCUACGAUGCCUUUGCCCUGGCGCCCGAGCAAGAUUUCUACCGGCUGCGUCUGGGGCGCUACCAGGGCAGCGCUGGCGACUCGCUGUCUUGGCACAACGGCCGACAGUUCAGCACGCUUGACCGCGACCACGAUGCAUACUCUGGGAACUGCGCCCACUACCAGAAAGGAGGUUGGUGGUACAACAUGUGCGCCCAUUCCAACCUGAAUGGUGUCUGGUACAAAGGUGGCCAUUAUCGAAGCCGCUACCAAGAUGGAGUCUACUGGGCUGAGUAUCGAGGCGGGGCCUACUCGCUCCGCAAGGUGGUCAUGAUGAUUCGACCUUCCCCAGGCGCUUAGUUUCUUCUUUAGGGGGCUAAGAAAGCACAGGCUGUGGGAGAGUACAGACAUACUUGAGAACAGGAGCUACUGUGUCCCAGAGGUUCAUGCUAUUGAGUUGUAUCGUGCCCUCUCUGGGAUAGAUCUUGGGUAAAGCCGGUUCUGCCAGUUUACCUCUGGAUCUGGUUGGGAACAGCGCUGGUGCUCGGGACUUGGGACAUCCACAAGGGCUUCAGAAGAGGCCUGCUAGAUCAGACCAGCAGUCCAGCAGACUAUCUCACACACAAUGGCCAACUAGUUUCUUUGGAGAUCCACUAAGGGGACAUAAAGGCUGAGGCCUUCAUCAAAGCAAAAGAAGAGCAACCAGGAGCAGCAGUGGCAUAGUGGCUAAGAGCAGGUGCACUCUAAUCUGG